AUGGCGCCAUCGCAGGGUGACACUCCUUCCCUCCCGGCCUCAGCCGAGGAGGUCAAGGACUUAGCUUCGUUCACCAGUGUCAUCAACAAGCUGACCUCAUGUGUUGGCGCUGCCAUUAAUGAAGGGAAAAGCGUAGCGAAUAAACGCUUAAUAAGCCUGGCCAUGGAGGAAAUUCGGCGGGCCACCAGAACCCUUAACAGCGUUAACACCACUGCCUCCUCCAGCACAUCAGCCCUGGGGGAAAUUAAGGCUUGUGUCCGGGAAGAGAUGGCCAGUUUUAAAAAGUUGGUCAAUACUACUGUGAAAAAACCAACGUACGCCCAAGCUACUGCUGCAGCCAGCGGGCUAGCAUCGUCGACGGGAGGGCCCGCCCCCCGCGCUGCUCCACCUACUUCAAAGCCUGCAAUCAUCAUCACCCCGGCUAAGGAUGUGAAAACGCGUCAGGAGGCUGUGGAAAUUUUUAAAAAGUGUAUUUCCUAUAGGAACUCGACUUAUGCGCCUACAAGAGUACAACCUGUCUCAAAUAAUAAACUCCGUGUGGAGUUUGAGAACGCGACUCAAAGGGACGACACACUCACCAGGCUCGAGAAUAGCAAGGAGGUAAAAGCAGAACCCGUGCGUAUGCUCAAGCCUAUGGUUAUUCUGAAGGGCAUCUCUAAGGAUGUUCCUUCGGAGGACCUGGUUAAGCUAAUCAGCACUCAGAAUCCUGAAUUAACCCACCUGAUUGACAGUGAAAGUCAUGACAGCGAGAACUUCCGACUCCGUUUUAAACGUGCGAACCGCAAUAGCAAUUUAUAUAACGCGGUAUUCCUGGCAGAGGCUAAAGUAUAUUGUAAGAUUCUCGACUUGGGGAGGGUUUGUGUGGACCACCAGAGGGUCACUGUGAACAGCUUCUCCCCAUUUUUACAGUGCCACAAGUGCCUUCAGUUUGGGCACAUGAGAUCAAAAUGCAAAUCAGAGGAUAGUCCGUGCUCGCAUUGCGCUAGCAAGGAACACCAGAUCGAUAGAUGCCCAGUUAAAAAUAAUCCCAAUAGUGUUAAAUGUGUAGCGGCGCUGUCGUCGCGCCACAAGCGAAAACACACCGAAGCCUAA